GCAGCAUCCUCCCAGGCGCCGCUUUCGCGCGGCGGCGGCGGCGGGGGCUUUCUCUGCCUGGAUACCUCGUUGGCCAGAAGCGGCUCGUGCCGGGGGCGGGGCAGGCAAGAGAGCACUGCGGACCGGGGCUCCUUUGCUUAGAGCUGUGUAUGCAGGGUCCUUCCGGGCCAAUCUGAAGCUGCGGAGCGGCGGGGCUUGCUUGCGCUGCCCGCCCGGGCAUCCUCCCGGUGAUGGAAGAAGCAGCCGCCGCCGCUGCGGGGUCGCGCUGCACCCCAUCCGCCGCAGCCAGAGAGAUGGGAAGAUUGGCUGUGCAGAGGCCGAGAGCGAGACAGCGACAGCCCCUUUGCCCUGAGCUGGGUCGCGUAUAAGCCACCCUUACCGUCGCCUCUAGCCCGCUUCGCCCCCUAGAGCGAGGAAGGAAGCUGCGGUCCCGAGAGAGAGGAGAAGACGUCGCUGGAGCCGGGACGCGCCGGGUUCAACGGAGCGCGCAGCAGGGCUCCGGGCCCUGUGAAAGUUUCCCUUUCCGAGCUGCAGGGCGCCCGCUGCCAGGAAACUCUGUCCAGGGCUAGGGCUGCAGAGUCCCGCGGCUCCCUCGAAGGCGCAGGGACCCCCAGCAGAAAAGAGCAGAAGAGAAUUCGAGGAAGGAGUGACAGUUGGACAGUCCUCCCGUGUGAUCCGGGGCCGCUCUGGGGCGCGCCCGCGGCUCCAGGUCGUCUCCGAGCCGCUGCCAUGGGAGAGCCAGCCUUGGGCGCCAGGGACCAGCCGCCACUGCCGCCGCGCCCGCCUCGGAGCCGCGGCCCCAGUCCCGGCGCCCGCAGCUGGCCCGCUGCGUCCCCUUCUCGGGCUGCAGGGCCGCCUCCGCCGCUUUGCCGGCCGGAGCUGUGCCUGUGAUGAGCCGCAGCUCUUCGCGAGCUCUGCCCCCGGGCGCGCUGCCCCGGCUGCUCCCGGCUGUGCCUGCCGCCGCGCCACGCGCCCUGCUCCCGCCGUGGCCCCGGCGCCCAGGACGCCGCUGGCCCGCGUCCCCGCUCGGAAUGAAGGUGUUCCGCAGGAAGGCGCUGGUGCUGUGUGCGGGCUAUGCACUGCUGCUGGUGCUUACCAUGCUCAACCUCCUGGACUACAAAUGGCACAAGGAGCCGCUGCAGCAGUGCAACCCCGACGGGCCGCUGGGUGCCGCGGCAGGGGCAGCUGGGGGCAGCUGGGGGCGCCCGGGGCCGCCUCCAGCGGCUCCACCCCGCUCUCACACCCGUUUGGACCCCCGCACUCCGUACCGCCCUCCCGCUGCCGCCGUCGGGGCAGCUCCUGCGGCAGCCUUGGGAGUGGUGGGGGCCGCGGCCCCUCCAGGCAAUGGCACUCGGGGCACCAGGGACGGCGGGGACAAGCGGCAGCUGGUAUAUGUGUUUACCACGUGGCGCUCGGGCUCGUCCUUCUUCGGCGAGCUUUUCAACCAGAACCCCGAGGUGUUCUUCCUCUACGAGCCAGUGUGGCACGUGUGGCAAAAACUGUACCCCGGGGACGCCGUUUCCCUGCAGGGGGCAGCGCGGGACAUGCUGAGCGCUCUCUAUCGCUGCGAUCUCUCCGUUUUCCAGUUGUAUAGUCCGGCGGGCAGUGGGGGGCGCAACCUUACUACUCUGGGCAUCUUUGGGGCAGCCACCAACAAAGUGGUGUGCUCCUCGCCACUGUGCCCCGCCUACCGUAAGGAGGUCGUGGGACUGGUGGACGACCGGGUGUGCAAGAAGUGCCCUCCUCAGCGCCUGGCACGCUUUGAGGAGGAGUGCCGCAAGUACCGCACGCUGGUCAUCAAGGGCGUGCGCGUCUUCGACGUGGCAGUAUUGGCGCCACUGCUUCGAGACCCGGCCCUGGACCUCAAGGUCAUCCACCUGGUGCGUGAUCCCCGUGCGGUUGCCAGCUCACGCAUCCGCUCGCGCCACGGCCUCAUCCGUGAGAGCCUACAAGUGGUGCGCAGCCGGGAUCCGCGAGCCCAUCGAAUGCCCUUCCUGGAGGCCGCCGGUCACAAGCUGGGUGCCAAGAAGGAGGGUAUGGGCGGCCCCGCAGACUACCAUGCGCUGGGCGCUAUGGAGGUCAUCUGCAACAGUAUGGCCAAGACGCUGCAGACAGCCCUGCAGCCCCCCGACUGGCUGCAGGGUCACUACCUGGUGGUGCGGUACGAGGACCUGGUGGGAGACCCCAUUAAGACGCUACGGAGGGUGUACGACUUUGUGGGGCUGCUGGUGAGUCCAGAAAUGGAGCAGUUUGCCCUGAACAUGACCAGUGGCUCAGGAUCCUCCUCCAAGCCAUUCGUGGUAUCAGCUCGCAAUGCCACGCAGGCCGCCAAUGCCUGGCGGACGGCACUCACCUUCCAGCAGAUCAAGCAGGUGGAGGAGUUUUGCUACCAGCCCAUGGCUGUGUUGGGUUAUGAGCGGGUCAACAGCCCCGAGGAGGUCAAAGACCUCAGCAAGACCCUACUUCGGAAGCCCCGGCUCUGAGGGCUCUGAGAGAGUUUCCCAGGAGAUCCGACACUCUGUGGAGACGCCCACAAAGAUAACUGUGAUGUGUUUAAACAAACAGCCCAGACCCAAACUGAGGUAGCCCACAUAUUCUAUUAUAGAUAUAUAAUAUAAAUAACCACACAGGCACUAGCURUCGAUGUUUUGAGUCAGUGAAUUUCAAGGAACAGAACACACACACACAUGCACACACAAACACACACACAUACACACACACCUCAGAAAAGGUAAGACUUGAAAGUUCUGAACAGUGGUCCCUCCUCUCUUGUCCCCUGUCUCUUUCCCCUUCCCCUUUCUCCUAUUUCUCACCCUCUCUCCCACCUGCCUUCCAUUUUGAAGUGGAAUGUUGAUGAAAUCUAGUUCCAGUAACCCAAAUCUUGUUUACAAAGUUUUCGUGGUAUCUGUGAACAUGUAAGAGUAAUCUGGAUGUGGGUGGGGGGUGGGGCGGACAAAGGGGAAGUGGUCCAGGAAAAAAAAGCCCCACUGGGCCUGAUAAUAAACUAAGGAGGCAUUCCUCUAAAGUAGACUUUUGUGUAAAAAAGCAAAGGUUACAUGUGAGUAUUAAUAAAGAAGAUAAUAAAUAA